UCGCUCGGAAGGCGGAACAGCGGGGUGGGCAGCCGCUGGGAGCUUGUCGCGUCAGUCGAGGGGCAACCGCUGGGCUCCCCGGCUGGGCCGCGUCCGGGCCGCUCGCCAUGGCGUCGGCGGGGCCGCGGGAGCCCGCAGGCGAAGGCAUCAGAUUGUCAGCAGAUGUCAAACCAUUUGUCCCCAAAUUUGCUGGGCUGGGUGUGCCUUGGCAGGAGUCUAAAGAAGCUCCAGCGUUCCCUAUCUGUGCCACCGCCUACUAUCCUAGUGUUCAGGAACUACCAGUGCCGGGACAGAAAGUUUAUGCUGAAGAGGCGACGUUUGGCGCUUCACCUUUGCCUCCUCAGUAUUUGUCUUCUGAGAUUGCACUUCAGCCCUACGCCUGCUCUUCCUACACGCUGGAAUCCGCGCAGAAUGCCUGCCUGGUGCCCCGCUCUCAGUACGACUAUGGCCAGCCGAGUUGUUACCGAGGCUUCCCCACAGGGAAGCCACGCCAUGACCACCGGUGUCCUCUCCCACAGGACUCCAAAGCCUUGUUGAAGAAAAAAGCAUAUGAUGAACAGAAGCUUGACAGUAAGAAGGCUGAUGGGACUGCAUCAGCAAAAGGUUCCCAUGCUGUGCCCAUGCGUGCUGAGAAUAGCCUGACAUCAGAUGGUUAUCAUAACAAGCGAACAGACCGGAAAUCCAGAGUCCCUGAAAACAGUGGACCCACCUCCAAACCCGAGUUUGAAUUUACCAGACUGGAUUUCCCUGAGCUGCCAGGUCCAGAGCACAGUGAACGAUCAGAAGCGCCAAGGCAGCCCAAGUGGGGGCCUGCACACUCUGCCUCCUCCGACCUUUCUCUCCUGCGAGAAGUGGGCAGGCCUGCUGCCCUGACACCAGAGUCUAAAGCAGCACCAGGGGGCAAUCCUGAGCCAAAUGAAGCCUCAAGAAAGAAUAAGAAAAAGAAAGAAAAGUUGAAACAGAACCUCGAAGUCCCGACAGCUCAAGAGCCACCAAGGAUUGAGGAUGCCGAGGAAUUCCCCAACCUGGCAGCGGCCUCUGAAAGAAGAGACAGAGCAGAUUCUCCGAAGUUUCUGUCGAGACAGCAGCCACAGAAUAGUUUUAGAAGCAGCACAAAGAAGAGCCAAGUGCCGGUGCAGCUGGACCUGGGCGGGCUGCUGACGGCCCUGGAGAAGAAGCAGCGCUCCCAGAGUGCAAAGCAGUCAUCCAAACCCGUGGUGUUCUCGGUUGGGGCCGUACCAGUCCUCUCCAAAGAGGCCACGUCCGGCAAGAAGGCCCAUCGUGUCGGCCAGCAGAAAACCCCACACAAUCCCCUCGACUCCAGCGCCCCCCUGGUGAAGAAGGGGAAGCAGAGGGAGGUCCCCAAGGCCAAGAAGCCAACCUCACUAAAGAAGAUUAUUUUGAAGGAGCGGCAGGAGAGAAAGCAGCAGCGUCUCCAGGAAAAUGCCGGGAGCCCCACAUUCACCAGCAAGGAGGUGCACGAGAUGGAGAGUGGGGGUGAUGAGCAGCCUCCUGAGCAGGCAGAGCCCGACCUCGCAGGGGAUGUGGCCGCACCUGUGGCUUGUGGUCCUGCUGAGGAUAGCAAGUCUGAGGAGCAGCCAGGGGCGGAAAUCCUGCCUGAGUCUGAACCCUCCUGCCCAACCCCUGAGACCAGCUGCCCCCCGAAGAUUCACAGCCGGAGAUUCAGAGACUACUGCAGCCAGAUGCUGAGUAAGGAAGUGGACGCCUGUGUGACUGAGCUGCUGAAGGAGCUGGUUCGUUUCCAAGACCGCAUGUACCAGAAGGACCCGGUCAAGGCCAAGACCAAGCGCCGCCUUGUCUUGGGGCUGAGGGAAGUGCUGAAACAUCUGAAGCUCAGAAAGCUGAAGUGCAUCAUCAUUUCUCCCAACUGUGAGAAGAUCCAGUCAAAAGGUGGGCUGGAUGACACGCUGCACACCAUCAUCGACUGUGCCUGCGAGCAGAAUAUCCCCUUCGUGUUCGCCCUCAACCGCAAGGAGCUGGGGCGCAGCCUGAACAAAGCUGUGCCCGUCAGCGUGGUGGGCAUCUUCAGCUACGACGGGGCGCAGGACCAGUUCCACAGGAUGGUGGAGCUGACGAUGGCGGCCCGGCAGGCAUACCAGGCCCUGCUGGACAACGUGCACCAGGAGCCACCCAGGCCCCCGGCCCCGCCCAGCUCGCCCAGCCCGGCCCCCGCGGGGAGUGAGGAGCCCCACUACAUGGCGAUCUGGAGGAAACAUCUGGAAACCUACAGCCAGUGCCCGAUAGGGCUGGAAGAUCCGCUGGAGGCCCCCGCCUCCCCGAUGAUGAAGCUGAGCUUAUGAGACUCCUCUCCCUGUGUCUGUGUUCAGGGUAAGGGGCGGAGCGGGGCCUUUCCUCUGGUCUUCACUGUCGAGCAGACCUGCAGGACCGAUGGGUGGGAUCCAGGGCGCUGAGGGCCUGGAGCGCCAGAAACAGGGUGUCGGGAGCCAUCAGCUGUCAAGGAAACUUCCUCUCUGUUGCCAAAUAGCCGAGCCAGGUCCGUUUGCAGAAGGUGGCAGCGGGCGAGGGUGGGGUGGGUGAGGCAGACAACCGGGCCCCCGUCCUAGGAGCCCCCUCACCGUGUGGCCUCUCAGCUGGAAGAUGUUCGGACUUCAUGAAGGACUCGUGACAGGAACUGCACAAGGAACGUGGGUUCUGGAUAUGAAUUCUUCUUUGCAGUCUUUUCUUUUUCCAAGAAACGAUGAAUAUUGACA